AUGCCACCUUCCGCGAUCGCCACCAUUGAAACAACACCAAGUCUUACGAGUAUCAAUUCGUAUUUUGAAAGUACGAAGCGUACUUAUCUCAAUGGCGCGAAUAUCCCUAAACAGUUGAUUGGGGCUGCUUUGAAUGAGAGGGUUGAAAAUAUCGAUCACAAUGGUUGCGAGCCUGGCGAUGAAGACACAUUCUUCGUAGCUGAUCUCGGCGAGGUCUAUCGACAGCAUAUGCGAUGGAAGUUGAACCUCCCCAGGGUCAAACCAUUUUAUGCCGUCAAAUGCAACCCCGAUCCGCAGGUCCUUCGCCUUUUGGCAGAGCUUGGCACUGGGUUUGACUGUGCCUCCAAGGCCGAGAUUGAACAAGUCCUGAAGAUGGACAUUGACCCCGACCGCAUCAUCUAUGCUCAGCCAUGCAAGACGAACUCCUAUGUUCGCUAUGCGGCCAGCCAUGGGGUUAAGCAGAUGACUUUCGACAACGCCGAUGAGCUCUAUAAGAUCAAGAAACUCUACCCCGGAGCGGAACUCUUCCUACGCAUUUCUACUGAUGACUCUUCGAGCUUGUGUCGCCUGAGCCUCAAGUUUGGCGCCGCCAUGGAUACAACGGAUGCGCUCCUUGCUCUCGCCAAGGAGCUGGGCCUCAAUGUUGUGGGCGUCAGCUUUCACGUGGGGUCCGGCGCUUCUGAUGCCAGCGCAUUCUGGAAUGCUGUCCAAGACGCCCGGAUAGUCUUCGAUCGAGCGCAAGAAUAUGGCUUCAACCUACAGACUCUUGAUGUCGGCGGUGGAUUCAGCAGCGACACUUUUGAGGAGAUGGCGGCCGUUCUCCGCCAAGCUUUGGACGAGUUUAUGCCGGCCCACGUCAACAUCAUUGGUGAGCCUGGUCGCUAUUAUGUCUCUUCUGCCUUCACGCUUGCCACGCACAUCAUUGCGCGUCGAACCAUCGAGGAUCCGGUGACCGGGCAGAAGAGCUACAUGGUCUAUCUCAACGAUGGACUCUACGGCAACUUCUCGAGCAUCAUGUUCGAUCACCAGCACCCAGUUGCUCAAGUCCUUCGCAGGGGUGACCGUGGCUAUUUCGAUACAGCCGCCGCCCGGGAAUCCCGUGACGGCAUCGAGUACUCGAUCUGGGGGCCGACUUGCGACGGCAUUGAUCGCAUCACGGAGAGUAUCCGCUUCGACCACACCCUUGACGUCGGCGAUUGGCUUUACUUCGAGAACAUGGGUGCCUACACAAAGUGCUCCGCUACGAGGUUCAAUGGUUUUACAGACGCCCAUGAUGUUGUCUAUGUUGCCAGUGAGCCCGGAGCCAGAGCGCUUUUGGGGAUGAAUUAG